AUGAAAGAACUCUUAGCUAUGACACCUACCGAUUUCGACCUAGUUAUAAUUGAACCAUUAUUCUCGGAAUGUGUGUCUUACCUCGCCGCCAAGUUGAACGUGCCACUCAUAUACGUACUACCAGUACCGACGAUGGGUAUAAUGGAACGUAUAUUCACGGGACACAUAUCCAAUCCUGCUGUAGUUGCCUUUAACUUAGCAAGGUUUGGUGUUCCAAAAACAUUCUUCCAGAGAACAAGCAAUCUUGCGAUUUAUAUUUCCUGCACAAUCAUAAGGAUGUAUAAUGAACUGAUUAUGAAGUUCACCGCCCCGAGAGAGUACGAUUUACAUACACCCGUCCCACCAUCUUUGGUAUUUGUAAAUAGACAUUUCACAAUCGAACCUGCAAGUCCAAUCUCGUCAAAUGUUGUUGAAAUAGGUGGAAUACAUUUGAAUUUGAAAGCGACCAAGAAGCUACCAAAAGAUAUAUUAAACUUCAUCGAACAAUCGCCUCAUGGUGUUGUUUAUUUCACUUUAGGAUCAACUGUUAAAAUGACUUCAUUACCAGAACACAUCAAAAACGCAAUUAUUGAUGCACUCGGACAAAUCCCUCAAAGAGUGUUAUGGAAAUAUGAAGAUAAAAUUGAGAAUUUACCCAAAAAUGUUAUGAUCAAAAAAUGGCUACCUCAACAUGAAAUCCUAUUGCACCCGAAUGUGAAACUCUUCAUCAGUCACGGAGGUAUAUCCGGACUAUAUGAAGCUAUAGACGGUGGUGUCCCCAUUCUUGGAUUUCCUUUAUUUGGUGAUCAGCAAAGAAAUAUUGACAAUUUAGUCAAUGCAGAAAUUGCUAUAUCUAUGGAUAUUUUGUCAAUAACAAAGGAUGCGUUCUUAAAAAAUGUCUUAGAACUGCUCAAAAAUAAAAAGUAUAUGGAAAAUGCUAAAGAUGCUUCGAAAAUAUUCAAAGAUCGGCCUAUGUCACCAGCAAGUCUAGUGGUGUACUGGACAGAGUAUGUCCUACAUCAUAAAGGAGCUCCCACUUGA